AGAGAUCAAAACAGAGAGAAUGAUUGUAAAAUUAGUGCGUCAGGUGAGUUUCAGUUUGGCUCUAUUGCUAAGUAUUGAGUUGGCAAUAGCGGCGCCACCUAUGUCGAAGCCUAACUGUAAAGACCAUUGCGGAAAUAUUAGCAUUCCAUACCCCUUCGGAAUGGGCGUGGGUUGCUAUUUCGACGAAUGGUUUGAGAUAAAGUGCAACGAAAGUGCCCGCCCUCCUAGAGCUUUUAUAAGUAGAAUAAAAAUGGAGGUACUCAGUAUUGAUAUUAUGGGCUUCGCUACCGUCAAAAGUCCAAUAAUAUCCUACAACUGUCCCGGUAGGGAGGGUGAUGGGCCUAUCAACUUGACAGGAAGUCCUUUCUAUAUCUACCGUGGGAACUUAUUCAUUGCAGUAGGUUGCAACACCCGUGCUUUGUUGACGGAUGAGCCGCUCCUACGCGCUGGGUGUGAGUCAAGAUGCCAUGGCCAGAAGGACAUUGAUUGGGGAGAAAUGCUUCCUAAACUUUCAACAAUUGAUUCCGACGGAAUGUUUUACACAGGGAGCGAUUGUAAUGGUACCGAUUGCUGUCGCAUUAAACUAACUUCAAAAACUCAGGUUUUUAAUCCAAUUUUAAAGGCUAUAGAUGGGAAUCGAAGCACAGAUGGUUGCAAGAUGGCAUUUUUGGGUGUUGACGGGACACUAGAUUUUUCCUUUGUCCAGUUUCCGAUGUUGCUAUAUUGGACGAUCAAUUCCCCCCUAAUGAAAGCUGUUGACGGGGAAACCUUCUCUUGCUGGAACUACACAGUCAUUGAGUCAGGAAUCUCUUGUCAAUGCAAAGAAGGGUAUGAGGGAAAUCCUUACAUUGGAUGCACAGAUAUCGAUGAAUGUAAAACGGAAGAGCAUCGUUGUUGGAGAUUAGCAGGAUGCGUGAAUACUUACGGGUCAUAUAAAUGUGUGCUCGAGCCCAAAUGGAUUAUCAUUAUAGGCAUUUGUGUUGGCGUUCCAGUAAUGUUUGUGCUUAUACUUGGGACGAGGUGGUUAUAUAAAUCUGCACAGAAAAGAAAGAAGAUCAAGCAGAGGGAAAAGUUAUUCAAGAGAAUGUUACACCAACAAAUAUGUUCAAGCCAAGGCAAUGUUGAGACGGCUAAAAUAUUCAGUUUAAAAGAGUUGAAAAAGGCAACCGAUCACUUUAAUGUGAAUAGAAUUAUAGGCCAAGGUGGCCAAGGUACUGUUUAUAAAGGAAUGUUGGUGGACGGAAGAAUUGUUGCAGUUAAAAAAUCCAAGAUAGUAGAUGAAGCAAAACUUGAACAAUUCGUUAAUGAAGUUGUCAUUUUAUCACAAAUUAAUCAUAGGAAUGUGGUAAAACUAUUUGGAUGUUGCUUAGAGACAGAGGUUCCUAUGCUUGUUUAUGAAUUCAUCUCUAAUGGAACACUUUCUCGGUAUCUACAUGACCAAGAUGAGGAAUUUCCAUUUUUAUGGGCAAAGCGUCUGCAAAUUGCCAUAGAAAUUUCAGGAGCACUUUCCUACUUGCAUUCAGCAGCUCCUGUACCGAUAUUUCAUAGGGACAUCAAGUCGACAAAUAUACUCUUGGAUGAAAAGUUUAGGGCGAAAGUAUCAGAUUUUGGAAUUUCAAGAUCAGUUGCAAUUGGCCAAACUCACCUUACAACAAAUGUACAUGGCACUUUUGGGUACUUAGAUCCAGAAUAUUUUCGUUCAAGUCAAUUUACAGAGAAAAGUGAUGUUUAUAGUUUUGGUGUAGUGCUUGUUGAGCUGCUGACUGGACGAGAACCAAUUUAUUCGGAAAAGUCCGAAGAAGUAAUUAGUUUAGCAGCAAGUUUUUUGGAAAUGAUGGAAAAUAAUAAACUUUUUGACAUAAUUGACCCUCUAAUUAUAGAGCAAUUAUCCAUUAAAGAAGAAAUCAUGGUUGUUGCUAACCUUGCAAGGAGAUGCUUGAACAUUGAUGCAAAGAAACGACCUACAAUGAGACAAGUGACAAUGGAGUUGGAGGCAAUCUGGUUUUCAAAUGAAGAUGCAUGUGUUGAAGAAAACAUGGAAGAAAAUGAAUUACAGCUCCAGGAUAUUUCUGCUGCAUCUACUUCAACAUGCUCAAGUUUUGCUGCCGAUGGGACUUUAACAAUCGACAUUAAACCAUUGGUUUCUAGAAGUACUUGGUAACAAAGAAAGUCACUAGCAUUCCUUUUCCAUGUUGGAGAACUUGAAAAUAAGAUAUUUGUUUUUGGAGCUAGGAUUUUGCUUUCACCUGAAGUCGGAAUUUACAUGUGCCUUUUUUCUUUUCGUAUGUUGAUUUCAA